GUCAUAUAACUGGGCGGGAUCUCACGCGAUCACAUGGAACCCCAUUCAUGUAUGAUUUACGUACAUUUCUGUCGUAUCCAAAUGAAACGGGUCCUUUAUUUCCGCAAAUCUUACUUGGGAAUUAAAUUCAGUCUCCAGGAUCAGCUGUGGCCGGCGUCUUGUUCUAAUAAACAAGUAAUGAACCUCAGAAACAGAUGAAGAAUGGAGGGAAUCCUAUUCAAGUGGACAAAUUACAUAAGUGGUUGGCAGCCUCGCUGGUUUGUACUGGAAGGAGGGACUUUGUCCUACUAUGACUCGCAAGAGGAUUCCUGGAAAGGAUGCAAGGGAAGCAUCAAAAUCUCAGUGUGUGAAAUACAAGUCCACUCCUCUGACUUCACACGGGUUGACCUGACCAUCCCUGGAGAACAGUACUUCUACCUCAGAGCCAUCAACGCAGCGGAGAGGCAGAAAUGGCUGGUCGCGUUGGGAUCUGCAAAGGCCUGCCUCACAGACAACCGAACCAAGAGAGAGAAAGAGCACCAGGAGAACACAGACGCUCUGAAGACCAAGAUGUCAGAGUUGAGGCUGUACUGUGACCUUCUCCUCCAGCAAGUUAACCAGAUCAAGGACAGUGAGGAGACUGAGGAGGCUGGGGAGAACCCUGGCACCAUGGUGAAGUCUACAUGCACCACCUUCAUCAAGACGUUGGAGGAGUGCAUGCUGAUCGCCAACCACACCUUCAGCUCAGACCAGGCCACCAAGACCCCACCCGGGUCACCUCCCGUGGCAACCAUCAAACCCCAGAAGGUCAAACCUGUCAAUCAAUCAAAUCAGGAAAAACACAGGGAGUUAAAAGAAAUCUCAGGAGGAUCUGUAACACAUGACAACCAGAGCCUUGACUCUGGAGCAGAGGGACCAGACCAACUAGACGGACCAGACACUCUCCCUGAGAGAACCACCCAAACACCCCCAACAGAAAAUAGCCCAGCCGGCAGGGACCACCAGGGCCCAGAGGAGUCUGCAGUGGAAGAGGAGGUGGCCACUACCCAAACCACCCACACAAACCCUGACCCAGAACACACCGACCAACCAGCACAGCAGGAAGAGGAGGAGGAGGAGGAAUUCAAAGAGGUGGAGCAGGGAAUGAACAACGCCCAAGAAGAAGAGAAACAAGAAGUGACCCAGAACCAACAGGAAGCUGUCACUGACCAAGAGGAAGCCAAGCUGGAGGGGGAGCAGCCUGCCCAGCCACAGGAAGAAGAGAGAGAAGAGGAGGAGGAGACAGAGCAGGUGGACACAUUCUUCAGUACGAUGAGUCACAGAUUUAGUGAUAUAAGACUGGACGGUGACAGUGGUAUCCCUACACAAGCCUUUUUGGACUCAUGCUAUGCAAUAGUGCCUGUAUUAGACAAACUAGGAUCCACAGUAUUUGGUCCAGUAAAAAUGGAUUUUACAGGCAACAUCAAGAAGAUCCACCAGAAGCUGUCGUCAGACCCGGGCAGCUUCCCCACACUGCAGACCAUAGUGCUCCACGAGGUGCAGACCGACGUGGCCCGCGUCCGCAACUCAGCCACCGAGGCCCUGCUGUGGCUCAAACGAGGACUCAAGUUCCUCAAGGAGUUCCUGUCCCUGGUCAACUCUGGGGAAAGGGAUAUCCCCGGAGCGCUGGGUAAUGCUUAUGGACGGAGUCUGCGGCAGUAUCAUGGAUGGGUUGUGCGAGGUGUAUUUGCUCUGGCUCUCCGAGCAGCGCCAUCAUACAGCAGCUUUGCGGCGGCUCUGGUGUCCAGAGAGGGGGAUGAACUGAAAGAAGGAUUCAACACAGGCAUGCACCGGGACCUGGGGGUCUACCUGCCUGCCAUGGAGAAACAACUGGCCAUCCUGGAUGCCCUGUAUGAAGAAUACAACCUGGAGUCAGAUGAGGUGGUCUGAGAGGAGGAGACGAGAUCCCAACUGGUGGCCUGAGAGGAGGAGACGAGAUCCCAACUGGUGGCCUGAGAGGAGGAGACGAGAUCCCAACUGGUGGCCUGAGAGGAGGAGACGAGAUCCCAACUGGUGGCCUGAGAGGAGGAGACGAGAUCCCAACUGGUGGCCUGAGAGGAGGAGACGAGAUCCCAACUGGUGGCCUGAGAGGAGGAGACGAGAU